AUGCCUGAAGAACCUGUUGACUCUGACGCCUCCAAGCUUCUCGAAUCGUUGUCAAUCAACAAGCAAGGCGAUUCCGCUCCCAUAAAAGAUGAGAAACCCGUAGUCGAAUCGGAAAAUAAAGUUAGUGAUGAACAAAACAGUGAACCUACAAAAGAACCAGAAACGAAAACCGAGACUGAAAACAAUGAUUCCAACUUGAUCUCAUCGUCUUACGAAGUGCAAGUGAAGCUUGCGGACUUACAAGCCGACCCCAACUCUCCGUUGUACUCCGUCAAAUCUUUUGAAGAACUUGGAUUAUCUCCCGAAUUAUUGAAAGGUUUAUACGCCAUGAAGUUCAACAAACCAUCCAAAAUUCAAGAGAAAGCAUUGCCUUUGCUCAUUUCUAACCCUCCAAAGAACAUGAUUGGCCAGUCUCAAUCCGGUACCGGUAAAACUGCCGCGUUUUCCUUGACGAUGUUGAGUCGAGUUGAUGUAAACGAUCCCAACACUCAAUGUAUUUGCUUGUCACCCACCAGAGAACUCGCUAGACAGACUUUGGAGGUGAUAACGACCAUGGGAAAAUUCACCAAGGUGACCACACAAUUGGUGGUUCCACAAGCUAUGGAGAAAAAUCAAGGUACUCAAGCUCAUAUUGUGGUGGGUACUCCCGGUACUCUCUUGGAUAUGAUAAAAAGAAAGCUUUUGAGAACUGGUAAAGUCAAGGUUUUCGUCCUAGACGAGGCAGAUAAUAUGUUGGAUGGACAAGGUCUUGCAGCUCAGUGUAUCAGGGUCAAGAAAGUACUUCCUACUUCUUGCCAAUUGGUAUUGUUUUCUGCCACUUUCCCCACCGAAGUGAGAAAAUAUGCCGAGAAGUUUGUUCCAAAUGCUAAUUCUCUCGAAUUGAAACAGGAAGAAUUAAAUGUUGAUGCAAUCAAGCAACUAUACAUGGAUUGCGACUCCGAGAAGCACAAGGCCGAAGUGCUUUCUGAGUUAUAUGGAUUAUUAACCAUUGGAUCUUCAAUCAUCUUUGUGAAGACGAAAGCCACUGCCAAUUACCUCUAUGCCAAAAUGAAAAGCGAGGGCCAUGCUUGCUCGAUUUUGCAUUCAGAUUUAGACAACAGUGAAAGAGACAAAUUAAUCGACGAUUUCCGUGAGGGAAGAUCCAAAGUCUUAAUCACGACAAAUGUCCUUGCUCGUGGUAUUGACAUUGCAUCGGUGUCGAUGGUGGUGAACUACGAUAUUCCUGUCGACAAGGACGACAAACCAGACCCUUCUACUUAUUUGCAUAGAAUUGGUAGAACCGGUAGAUUUGGCCGUGUUGGAGUUGCGGUUUCGUUUGUUCACGAUAAAAAGUCAUACGAAGAUUUAGAGCAGAUACGGUCUUACUUCAAUGACAUCGAGAUGACAAGAGUUCCCACAGACGACUGGGAUGAAGUGGAAAAGAUUGUGAAGAAGGUACUCAAAAAAUAG